GGUCGGGUCCCGGUGCGGGCCCCGGUCGGAGGAGCAUGUCGGCCCCGGAGAGCAGCGCUGGUAGCAGCGAGGCCCGGGAGGACGCGUGCCGCGAUUACCAGUCGUCGCUGGAGGACCUGACGUUCAACAGCAAGCCGCACAUCAACAUGCUGACCAUCCUGGCCGAGGAGAACUUGCCCUUCGCCAAGGACAUCGUCUCCCUGAUCGAGGCGCAAAUCGCCAAGGCUCCUGCAUCAGAGAAGCUCCCAGUUAUGUACCUUAUGGAUUCCAUUGUCAAGAAUGUGGGAAAAGAAUAUCUUACUGCAUUUACUAAAAACCUAGUUGCAACAUUUAUUUGUGUAUUUGAAAAGGUGGAUGAAAAUACUAGGAAAAGUUUAUUUAAAUUACGCUCCACAUGGGAUGAUAUUUUUCCUUUGAAGAAACUAUAUGCCCUUGAUGUCAGAGUCAACUCAUUAGAUCCUGCUUGGCCAAUUAAACCUCUGCCCCCAAAUGUGAAUACUUCUAGCAUCCAUGUGAAUCCUAAGUUUUUAAAUAAAUCGCCAGAGGAAUCUACUCCACCUACCUCUGCUGUCACUUCUGGUGCCUCAACUCCUCCAGCUGUUCCUGAAAUACAGAAGAACUUGACACAAGAGCAAUUGAUAAGGCAACAAUUGCUUGCAAAACAAAAACAGUUGCUAGAACUUCAGCAGAAAAAAUUAGAGUUGGAGCUGGAGCAGACUAAAGCACAGUUGGCUGUUUCUCUUAGCGUUCAACAAGGAUCACCUACUAUAGCCUCAGUCCCAACACCUUCCAAGCAACAUGUGUCUCCGACACCUCAUAUGGCAGUUAAAUCUCCUCAUCAGACUCCUGUGCAACCUGAGAAAAACAAGCCGUCCCCGAGCCCUCCACUGCAUGACGUCAAAAUAGUAAACAGGGAUCCUCGACUUAACAGGAUGGCUCAACAUUCUUCUCAUGGUAAAGAUCAGUCUCAUAGGAAGGAAUUUCCAACAAAUGCAACCAGUCAAUCGGAUAGCAAGGCAAGCAAAACAGCUCAGGCUGAAAAACAGAGCUCAAAGCAAGAAAAACUGAAAGCAAGUGAAAAAACACCCAAGAAAGAGCUUGAUCCAUCAGAAGUAAAAUCUAAAUCACCAUCACCUUUGAAAAAUAAGCUGCCCAGUACUAAAGAUAGUAAAAGCCAGGAAUGCGAAAGCACAAAAGUAUCUGAAAUCAGUAAACGUGACCCGAGAUUGAAAAAACAUCUUCAAGAAAAGACAGAGGGCAAAGAGGACGAGGUGAAAGAGAAGAAGAAAAGUACAGAGAAAAAGGAAAAAGAAGACCAUAAGACAGGUGAACACAGACCAGCAGGCAGCAGAAAUAAAGUAAUUAAUGGUGUUGUUCAGAAACAAGAUACAGCUACAGAGGAGUCAGAAAAGCAGGGUGGAAAACAGGGGAGAUCGAGCAAUAGAAAACGCUCACGAUCACGUUCUCCUAAGUCACGGUCACCGUCUACACAUUCUCCAAAAAGAAGAGAUAGGAGAUCACCCAAAAGAAGACUUAGGAGUUUAUCUCCCACUUCAACUCCCAAAAUUGGAAAGAUACGUCAGAUUGGCCCUAAGCAGUCUCAUGUUGAAGAAGGUGCACAAACAGCAAGAGAUGAAAGAAAUUCUAAUAAACGCAACGUSAAACAAGAGGUGCGAGAUCCAAGGAGAGUGAAAAAAACUCAAGAAGACAGGCCCCAAGAAGCAGCCAGCCAGCAUUCUACAAAAGCCUCUCCUGAUCCAAAGGAGAAUGCAGAAAACUGGCAGGGAUCCAAAUCAGGCAAGAGGUGGAAAUCUGGUUGGGAAGAGAAUAAAAACUCACAGCCGAAUGAAGAACACCAAGCAGCUGGUAAAUCCCCUCACCAAAGACACCGGGAAAAUUGGUCAGCUAGUAAAGGAAUUUUAUCACCCCGAGCACCGAAGCAGCAGCACCGGUUAAGUGUGGAUGCCAAUUUACAGAUUCCCAAAGAGUUGACAUGUGCGAGCAAGAGAGAAUUACUUAAGAAGGCAAAUGAACGCUUAACAUCUGGUGAAAUAACGCAAGAUGAGUUCCUCGUGGUAGCUCACCAGAUCCGACAGCUGUUCCAGUAUCAGGAAGGAAAGCACAGAUGCAACGUGUGGGAUAGUCCUACAGAAGAAAAAUGUGGUUUGAAAAAGAAACCUCUUCUGUCUGAUGCAGAAUUAACAUAUUAUGAACACAAAGCAAAAUUGAAAAGAACACAAGUGCAACCUUCCUUGUCAAGACUUGAUCUGUUAGAUCCUGAUGAUAUUUUAGAUUAUCAUUUACCUGAUGCUUUGCUUUCUGGAAUAGAUUGUGAACAAGCUAAAGCAAAGCGUGGCGUGCAGUUUGACAGAAAAGAACCUUUUGGAGAAAGACCCAGACGACAUUCUCCUGUAAGUGGCAGUAACAGAGCUUUCCCUGAUAGUCUUUCACCACUUGAGGGUCGACGAAGGCUUGAGGAACAAAAUGCUACUAAAGGAGCAAGAGGUUCUAAAAAUUUUGAUCCUUACGACAGCUGGGGAGAAUCAGAGGAGUUUAGAGAAGCUCUCAGGCAACAGGGGAAAAGCACACCAGAGUUCCAGAAAAUAGAUGGUGAUGCAAUCUGCAGAUUUGAUAAUCGUGAAGAAAGACAGCUUCUUGGCCAAGCUGGUGUUCGAGAAGAACCAAGGUCCCCAUUCAGUGAACGUUUCAAGAGAGCGAGAUAUGAAGAUCCGGAGUCUCCAGGAUCAAGAUUUGGAGGCAUUGAAGUAAAGCAGAGAAUAAGUGCACUGAUGGAAGACAGACCUCUCUUUGAUGGCUCACCUAGACCACCUUCUGCGAGGGUUGGCGUAGAUGGACCAGGAAGUCCUUUUGUUGAUGGUCCUGCUGCUGGUUCAACUUCUAGAAUUGACGGGCCACCUGGACAGGCUGCUCUGAGAUUUGAGGGGCCUCUGGUAGGGGGAGGUGCCUCUCAAUUUGAUGGACCAUUGGCAGCAGCAGGGGCUGCUGGAGCCCUAAGAUUUGAAGGGCCACCAGGGCAGCUGGCUGGUGCCCUCAGGUUUGAAGGACCCCCAGGUCAGGUUGGUGGAGGAGGUCCCCUGAGAUUUGAGGGCCCCCUUGGGCAAAUAGGUGGCCCAUUGCGUUUUGAGGGGCCAGCAGGACAGCCUGUAGGUGGUCCUAGAUUUGAAGGACCGGGAGUUGGCCUCAGGUUUGAAGGACCCCGUGGUCAACUUUCAGGUGGCCUCAGGUUUGAGGGACCUCAUGGUCAACCUCUGGGGCCUCGAGGUCAACCAGGGGGUGCUCUCAGGUUUGAGGGACCCCAUGGUCAGCCCUUGGGGCCUCAUGGUCAACCAGGGGGCGGUCUCAGGCCCUUCGAUGGGCCACACUUACAACCACUGGGGCCUCAUGGUCAACCCGGAGGUGGCCUUAGGUUUGAGGGGCAUGUGGGGCCACACGGGCCAUCAGGUGCUGGACUUAGAUUUGAGGGGCCUCAUGGACCGUCAGGUGCUGGACUCAGGUUGGAAGGACCCGGUGUGGGUCCCAGGUUAAUUGAUGGACCAGCACACCAGGGAGGGGCUGGUCUCAGAUUUGAAGGUCCUCUGGGUCGAACUGGUCCAAGAUUUGAUGGCUUUGAUGGUCAACCUGGCCAGCUCGCUCUCCUGCAAAGAUUUGAUGGAAUUCAUGGACAGCCUGGCCCAAGAUUUGAAAGGGCACCUGGCCAGCAGGGACAGCCACGAUUUGACACAGCCAUACCUCAGAGAUUUGACGGUCCUCACCAGCAACCCUCAAGGUUUGACUUGCCCCUUGGACUGCAAGGUGCACGUUUUGAAAAUGUAGCUAACCAUCCUGCCUCAAGACUGGAACUGGCACCCUAUGGACAAGGUGGCCCGUUYGGUGAACAUCCCGGCCAGGGCUACAAUGGACCAUCCCAUGGAUUGCAAUUCCAGAGACCUGAAUUAUUUGAUGGUUCUCCAGGACCAAAUUUCAAUGGGCCAGCUGGCCCAGGAGCACAGAAUUUCCCCUUGAGAGCAUCUGGACAUUAUUUUGAUGAAAAAGGUCUUCAGGGUCCUCAGUAUGGAAACUUCAAUAGCCUGGCAGUGGGAAGCAGCCAGGUGGCUCUCAUGUCCGCUCAACCAGGACCUUAUGGUCCAGGUCAGCAGUAUUUACCAAAUCCUGGAAGCUUUGUUCAGAACCCAGCAGCCCUUCCACAUUCAUACCCUGACAACCACCUUGGCCAGCUGGAUGUCAAUGAGUUGUUUGCUAAACUGCUCUCAACAGGAAUCCUCAAACCAUCAAAAACAGAUUCCACGUCAGCACAAGUGAAUGAAACAUCAGCCCAGCCAGCUGCUGAAGAGGAGGAGGAUGAUCAGAAUGAAGACCAGAAUGUCCCAGACCUCACUAACUUUACAGUGGAAGAACUCAGACAGCGUUACGAUAGUGUUAUAAACCGACUGUACACUGGAAUUCAGUGUUACUCAUGUGGAAUGAGAUUUACUACUUCACAGACAGAUGUUUAUGCAGAUCAUUUAGACUGGCAUUACCGCCAAAACCGCACAGAAAAGGAUGUUAGCAGGAAAGUUACACACAGGAGGUGGUACUACAGCUUAACAGACUGGAUUGAAUUUGAAGAAAUAGCUGAUCUAGAGGAGCGUGCAAAAAGCCAGUUUUUUGAAAAAGCUCAUGAAGAGGUGGUGCUGAAGACACAAGAAGCUGCAAAAGAGAAGGAGUUUCAGAGUGUUCCUGCUGGACCAGCUGGAGCAGAUGAGAGCUGUGAAAUUUGCCAAGAGCAAUUUGAACAGUAUUGGGAUGAGGAGGAGGAGGAGUGGCAUCUGAAGAAUGCUAUUAGAGUAGAUGAAAAGAUUUACCAUCCAUCAUGUUACGAAGAUUACCAAAAUACAUCAUCAUUCGAUUGCACACCAUCUCCCAGCAAGACUCCUGUAGAAAAUCCACUAAAUAUUAUGUUGAACAUUGUUAAACAAGAAACACAAGAAUCCUGUGAGUCCCCUAAAGUCAAAGAAGAACCUGAGGACACUCCUAUUAGCUGUGCAGAAGAGAGCACACCUGCAUCUGCAGAUAUUAAAACAGAACCUGAAAAGGUUGAGUCUGUUUAAAUAAACUGAGGUAUGAAUUUUUUUUACAGAACAGAAGAGCUGCUGUGUUGACUCUGGAACGCAAAUACUUUUUAUAUGAAAUAAAAAUGUUUAGCUGAGGCAGGGCCUCAGCUACUGUUUGGUUAAUAAAUACAUUUUUGUAUUUGAAUUUCUUAUUGCCUGCACAGUUUCAGGUGUCAUUGUGUGAAAGUUCUGUAGAUGCGUGAAAAUUUAAUGGAAUGAAAUUGUAUAUGUAAAAAUGUACAAUUUUCACUUGUGGAAAUGUAAAUUAUAAAUAAAAGAUAUUUUUGCUAUAUAUGGAGUGUAAUGUUUAUGCACACCAUCAAAUGAAGACAGUGUUUCUGUACUUUUUUCAGUUAAAAUGGAAAUAAAACAGCCUCAGUUUUAGACCUCUUGCUCAACAGGAUUCAGAAAAAUUAAAGCAAGUAACAUCCAUUAUCUCAUACGUGGGUUAUCAAGGGAAGAAGUGAUAUGGGAACUUUUUCA